CUAGGAUCCAAGCUUAGUACAUAGCAGCUCCCCACCCCACUGAAGGGCCCUUCCUUCCAGUUUUCUCCCUCUAAAUAAGGGUAAGCAACUUUUGGGGGGCCUGAGGGACUACAAUGGUCUGCUGCCCCUCAGAGAGCCACAUCAUGUCGGGUGGUCAUGGCAAAUGGAUACCUGCCGACACACACUUGCCACACAUACAGCACCCUCCUUCACAAAGAUUGCUCUCUGGGUGCCCAGGCAGAGCACCAUCUGCUCUGAGCCGCAACAGGUAACUUUUUUUUUUUUUAAAGAAUAUUUAUUCCAGUUUUAAAGUUACAAAAAAUAUAGAAAAAACAAACCACACACAUCUUACAAAAAACAGACAAUAAGAAAGAAAUAAGAAGAAACAAAAAAUCACAGUAAAAAAUAGCAAAAAUCAAAUUAGACCUUUACAGCCUUUUUCCCUUUUACUUAUUUCCAUGACUUCCUCUCACCUCCCUGCUUUGUAUUCUAGUUUAAAUCGUAUCUCCAGCAAAUCCUUCUAACCUUCUUUUCUUUUACUUAUUUUAACAUUCGAAAGUAUUUAAUUCUCCUCUAUCCUCAUUUUACACUUCAUAUUUACUUAUUCCAUUAUACCAUGUCUGCCAAUACGGUCUAAUAUUCUUUUCCAACCUUUUUCUAACAUUCUUUUAUAUUACAAUGUUUCUGAAGAUAUAUUUUAAAAAUUUUCCAGUCUUCUUCCAUCAACCCUUCUUCCUGAUCUCGGAUUCUGCCGGUCAUCUCAGCCAGUUCCAUAUAGUCCAUCACUUUCAUCUGCCAUUCUUCUCGGGUAGGCAAUUCUUGUGUCUUCCAGUAUUUCCCAAUAAGUAUUCUUGCCGCUGCUGUCGCAUACAUAAAAAAAUUCCUAUCUUCCCUUCGCACCAAUUGGCCGACCAUGCCCAAGAGGAAGGCCUCUGGUUUCUUCACGAAAGUGUAUUUCAAUACCUUUUUAGUUCAUUAUAUAUCAUUUCCCAGAAGGCCUUGAUCUUUGGGCACGUCCACCAAAGGUGGAAAAAGGUUCCUUCAUUUUCUUUACAUUUCCAACAUUUAUUAUCGGGCAAAUGAUAAAUUUUGGCUAGCUUGACUGGGGUUAAGUACCACCUAUAAAUCAUUUUCAUUAUAUUUUCUCUUAAUACAUUGCAAGCCGUAAACUUCAUACCUGUGGUCCAUAACCGUUCCCAGUCAGCAAACAUAAUAUUAUGCCCAACAUCUUGUGCCCAUUUAAUCAUAGCAGACUUAACCAUUUCAUCCUGUGUAUUCCAUUUCAACAGCAGGUUAUACAUUCUUGACCACAACAGGUAACUUGGAGCUGCUGCCUCAAGCCAGAGUGUGCCUCAUGGAGCUGCUCCAGGAGUAAAGCCUGACUCUUAGGGAAGUAUUACAACCGACACAUCCAUCUCCAGCACUCCAAGCACUCUGCCAGGAGAAAUAAGGCUGGUUUUGCUGAGUUGCUAUUUUAUUAUAGGUAUUGAUUUUUGGUGUGUGUGUGUGUGUGGUGAAGGCCUCAAACACACUCAUAAAUAAAUUUCCCCCUGAUCAGAGUUGAUGUGGAAUUUCUGCAGGUGUGGUGAUAGUUUCUUCUGUUCCAGGUGCCCAGGCUGCCAUUCUGCCAGGCCCACUGAGUCCUGCAGGACAGACACCCUCAGGGCAGUUGCAAGAGAAGCCACCUGCGACCUUUGCCCACUUAUAGAUUUAAGCUUCCAGGCAUGGAUCCAGGCUCUGAAAGACACUCUGUCUGGCAGUUCGUGCUAAUAUCAUUUUCAUGAAGCAUGACCCAAAAUGGGUCGGAGGAGCCCUGGUCAGAGAGACCCCCAAACUAGGGCUCUCCUUCGCAACAGGAACCACUGGGAUGAAUGGAGCAAAGGCCGAGGCAGGAAGGCCAGGCACAAGUGCUUCCUUCUGCAUUGCGGAAAAACUUUGAUUGGCGCCUUUCCCCUCCCCAUGGAAAGAGGGAGUUUGUGUUUGUUCCCUGACUCCCCCUUCCUCUCUCCUGUUUUCAGAAAAACAUGCUUUGUUGACCACUUUGUCAGUCACUUUUGUUGCUAUUUGGGGCUCAUCCUUUCCUGGAAUUGGCUGUACAGAACAGAGGAGAUUUCAUUUAGCCCCUUCACAUCAUGGGCAAAACAUACGCCUGAGGUUUCCCCUGCAGAUUAAAAAGCUUUCAAAGCAAUUGGGGUGGGGGCCGUAAAGGAAGCUGCUGCCUGCACUAUGAUGCUAAUAACUUCCCAGAAUCCUCUUUGCCCUUUGGCUGGUUACUGGCUGAAAACAGUGGCUCGCAAACAGAACUGGCCCAGAGAUAUUUUGGUUCCUGAUAUAAAAAUCUAAGGGUCGGUCCUCCCCAGACACACACCUCAUGAGGCAUGUUAUUGGCCUCCCCUUCAUUGCCAGUUUGACUUUUGUGUGCAGGAGAUGUUCGCAGGGCUGGAUAGAGCUGCCUCCUAUCUGAGCAACUCUGCCUCCCUUACAGUAAGGCUGCCUCUCACCUUCACACAAAAGCCCUGAAUGCAGAAUAGUCUGUUGUUUGCUGGGCUGUGCAUAAACCUCAGUGGUUGCAGCUGUAUUCAGAGGAUGCUGAGGAACUCAGGCUGUUUCCCUGGACACCACAGCACCUCUGAACACUGAUCUGGAAGGAGAACCUCCUUCAGCCCCUUGUAUUGGGGGGGGGGGGAGAGCAGGCUCUGUUGACCGUGUGUUCUUCCUACUGUGGGCCCCUCGCUUCCUGGAAAUGGUUGUGUUGUUAUCCCUUUAUUGAAUGUUGGGGGACACACAUCAGCCAGGCAUUUCUUCUGCAGAUUGAAAAGCUUUCAAGGCAGUUUGGGGCUGCCUCCUUCAUUAGGGCAUUAAUCUCUUCCCAGAAUCCUCUUCUUCCUGUCAGACAAACAAUCAUUAAUACAGAGGAGCUAUAAGUGUUAUGCAGCAGUGCCUAUGUUCCUGCCUUUAUUUGUCAUUAUGGGACAUGGGCAUAGCCAUGAUUUAUUUUAAGGGGCGCACUCUUUAUGCUGAGGGAGGGGCAGAACUGAGUUAUCUGUAAUGUAAUUGGUCAGUUAGUUACUUUUAUUUCUUUUUUUAAUGUUUUUAUUAAAGAUUUUAGUGGGUUACAAAAGUACACACAACAUCUCUGCUUUCAGUACAACAUCUCUGCUUUCAGUUAAUUGGAAGUGCAGUUUUGAUUCUCCUUUCUGCACAAACAAUCAUUAAUGAGCUUUAGAAAACAGGGGGGCCCUCAGGGGACAUUGGGCAUGGGGGGGACACAAAGCAGGGCUAUAGUUGUUGCUGGGGUGGGGGCGGGGGGGGGGUGAGGAGAGGUUUUUUUCAAGGCUUUGGCAGUUUCCUGGAAUAUGAAGAGGGGAUGAUCAGGUAUAAUAGUAGUUUCCAAAGUUUUAAGCAAAGAAGCAAUGCUAUUUUUGCAGCCUGCGGUAACCAAAAAUAGGGUUUGGGGCUGUGUGAAAGCCUAAAUUUCCCUCCUGUCCGCAUUGUGCUUUAGACUUGCUUUAUUUGUAUAAUUUUAUUUCCUUAAAGCUCUGCAGCGCUGGUCUUCAACUGGUAGGUCAGGACCCACAAGUGGGUUGUGACCUGAUCCAAGGUGGGUUGCAACAGGAGCAGACAUAUGGUAAAAUAAUUGAUCCCUAAAUGUAUGUUUGGGUUAAAAGUGGGCCUUGGGUCUGAAGAGGUUUAAGAUAUCUGCUGCACAGACCUUGUGAGGAGGUGACCUCUGCUCCCUCAUGGAUGGCCCCCAAUAUUUCAAAUAUUUAAUAUGGGCACCCCAAUCAGAUACACAAAGCUGGUCUGGGCUCUCAAAGAUCAACUUGGUUGUAUGUGCCACUCAGAGGGGAACGGUGCUGGAUCCCUAAGGAAGGCGAAAGUUCCUCUUAUGGAUCAGGAAUUGGUAAAGUGCCACGAUGCAGAGAGUAGAAAUAAAAGAACAGUACUCUGAAUGAAGAGAUGUAGGAAAUGGAGUCCUCCAAAGAUUGAUAUUGUGACCUGUGUUUUUUCACUUGUUUAUAAACAAUCUAGAAUUAGGGGUUAGCAGUGAGGUGGCCAAAUUUGCUGAUGAUACUAAAUUGUUCAGUGUCGUUAAAAGAAAAAGAAAUUGUGAAGAGUUCCAAAAAGAUUUCUCCAAACGGAGUGAAUAGGCAGUAAAAUGGCAAAUGCAAUUAAAUGUAAACAAGUUAAAACCAUGCAUGUUGGGAUCAUAAUAAUGUCAUAUGAACUCUCAUGGGAUCUGAACUGGCAGUGACUGGCCAGGAACAAGACAUUGGCAUCAUAUUAGAUAUCUUGAUAAAUAUGCUGAGCCAGUGUGCAGCAGCUGUGGAAAAAGACUAAUUCUAUGCUAGGGAUCAUUAGGAAAGGAAUUGAAAAUAAAACCGCCAAUAUCAUAAUCAAGGGUGUAAUCUACAUUUGAAAUACUGUGUGUAGUUCUGGUCACCUCACCUCAAAAAGGAUACUGUUGAGCUGGAACAGGUUCAGAAAAGGCAGCCAAAAUGUUCAACAGGAUAGAGCAACAGACUUAUGAAAAAAUGUUGUAGCAUUUGAGACUUUUGGGUUUAGAGAAAUGGCAAGUAAAAGGAGACAUGACAGAAAUGUGUAAAAUUAUGCCUGGCGUGGAGAAAUUAGCUAGAGAAAUCAUCAUCAACAACAACAACAGAACUCAUAACCAUCCAAUGAAGCUGAAUGUUGGAAGAUUAAGAAUAGAUAAAAGAAAGCGGUUCACCCGUGGAACUCACUCCCACAGGAUGUAAUGAUGCCCACCAACUUGGAUGGUUUUAGAAGAGAAGUCGACAAAUUCAAUGGCUAUCAAUGGCUACUAGCCAUGAUGGUUUUGCCUGCCUCCACGGGCAGAGGCAGUAAUGCUUUCAGUUGCUACAAACCGCAUGAGCCGCUUGGCCUGAUCCAGCUUUGAGGCUCUUAUCUUCUUAUGAAGCAACAAAAUUCAGUCGUGCAGGAAGAUGCACAAAGUGAUGCUUCCACAGAAGCCCACCCACCCAUUAGUUUGCAGUCAUGUGGUCCAGUCAAUUAAUUACGUGUGUGAUUAAUAAAAGCCCUUAGCCAACUUGCAGCUCCGCAGAGCCACAGCACUCGAUCAGGAUAACGGACGGACGGACAGCAAGAGUCAGGUACAGUAACUUUCUGCCUCUCCCACUCACUGAGUGUGAAAUGUGCUGAGCAGCACAUUCCACAGGAUAGGGCCCAGAGAAUGUGUGUGUGUGUGUGUGUGUGUGUGUGUGUGUGUGUGCACUUGUUGCUUUGCACAAAGAAAGUGGUAUGUUCAUCUCCCAUUAAGCAGAGCAGCCCUUUGGUGGGGGCAGUGGGAGGGAGCCAUGGAAGAGGGGCAGCUGCUGCACACCUUCUCCUUUGGGGUCUGCAGGGGGCUUGGAUAUUUCCACAGGGCUUUGUCCACUGUGUACCCAUUUCAAGAAGACAUCUCUGUACUGAGCUGCUCCAAAGGUUUGCGGGUGCCUGAAUGCUGCCCUUGAUAGAGGAAACCAAGCUUCUCUUACAUCCCCACUUAGCCACGGAACUUGCCAAGCUGUCCGCCCUCUCAGCCUAACCUACUUCACAGGAUUGUUAUGAGGGUUAAUUGGGGAGAUUUCUCUGAGCAAAGAAGGAAGAGGAGAAGAUGAUGGGCAGGCAGCUGGCUUGAUUGCUUUGAGGGAAGGGAAGCGGAAUGCAGCAGGGGCUUCAAGCCUCGAGAUGACUGUCCUGGGGUGCUCUCAGGCUGGAGAGACAAACUCCUUGCAAGGUCUCUCUUUGGUCUCUUUCAGAAAAGCCUGUGAGGGAGCCCAGCUCUACAAGCUGGGGAGCGGGGGGAAGGGGAUACAGUGUGCAUGGUGUGGUUUGUGUGAUAUGGAACGCCCCCCCAGAAAGGUUGGUGGUCUUUGCCGUCACCUGUGUUAUUCCCAAUUUAGGCCACCUCUCAGCCCAGCAUCUCAGCCCUCUCCCUUCCCACCACCACUUGUUUCUUGCUUGGUUAUCCAGGGAGACCAUGUUGAGGAUCCUGCUGCUGUCCUUAGGACUCCUGCAAGAAAUCCCCACCACCCUGGCCUCUAACCCCAACCACAGCCGCAGUCUGGCCGAGCGGGGGCCCUCCAUGCUGGACAAAGAAGGCCGCUCCAGCUACCCAGGGCUUCUGCAGGUGAUCAAAGAGGGACCCCCAGGUCAGUUUCUCUCCUUUCCCCUCUGCCUGUCUCUGCAGCCUUUGUACAUGCAACACAGCUCUAAUGUAGUUGAGGGGCCCUGGGCUAGAAAACCCUCUUGUCUUCCGAGUGUGGAAAACUCAGAGUGCUUUCCCCUUCGCUGGGUGGUUUCCUUUGGCCUGACACUUUUUGAGUUCCUGGAUUAAGGCAGCGUGUAUUGCAAGCCCUCUGCUUGUGAGUAACACUGUGUUCAUGUUACGUACCAGCUUCAAACCCAGUAAGGUCAUUCCACCCUCAACCCCACCCCCUGCAUUUCAAAUAGCAUCUGUGCAUCAUUAUACAAGUUGCCGGCUGUCUGUCCACACAGGUGGGAAGACAGGGGUGCAGAUGUCUUCAUAUGGAUCAAAGCUGUUUUGGAGGUAAACACAGUAUUUCUCAGGAAACUACAGGACAGUGUCAAUUCUAGCUAAUGGUAGCUUCCCAAGCCAGCAGCGGGAGAGUACAGUAUAGGGAAGGAGGCUGUGCCCAGCCACAGAUGCUAAGAGCUCUCGUGGACAGGCUCUUUACCCAUCAAGCAAACCCAGAUUCACAACUGAGCUCAUGCACCUAGUCAGUGGCGUAGUGUGGGGGGUGCAGGGGGGGCCGGCCGCACCAGGCACAACAUCUGGGGGGGGGGACGCUCGCACUCGCAGCUCUCUGCCCCUACCUGGCUCACUCUCUCUCUCUCACUGCAGUGCUGGCUGUGCGAAUCCGAUCCGAGCUGCUGGGUCGCCGCCCACUGUGGAGGGGGUGGGUGCCAGGCGUGUGGUGCGGAGAGAGAGCGAGGGACUAUCUGGGGGGAGGGACAGUGCAGCGGCCGCCCAGUGCAGCGCUGAGCGCGGGAGAGAACCACACCAGACCAGACCAGGCAGCAGCAAGAAGAAGCUGGCAGCGGCGGCAGGUUAGGGGGCGCAAAUUACUUGCCUUGCCCCGGGUGCUGACAACCCACGCUACGCCGCUGCACGUAGUUAAUUAUUUUAUAAAUCACCCUCUAACAAAAAGUUAUCUGGGCAGCUCACGGAAUAACAAUACACCACAGCAAUAACAAUGACAUUAAAUGAAGUAUUAAGACAAGGCCAGAUAAGAGCAAAAGAGGCAAAGGGUGGUGGUAGUCAGCUAAGUUUUACUCAAGAGUAGAUGUACUGAAAUCAGUGGACCUAAUUUAGUCAUGUUCACUAGUUUUACAGAGGAAAAUUUAGUUGAAUAGCACUCAAAGAACACAAAAUUUAACAAAUCACCAAAGGCAAAACAAUCUUAUUAGCUAAAUUAUUAUUUAAAAGGCUUGGGUUUUUGGUCACGGCUGAAAAGACAUUUACAUGGGCUCCAAUUAGACACCUCUGGGGAGAAUAGAUCAGAAGUUGUGAACAGCAGCUUCGGGAAGGCAGUGAAGGAGCUUCCACACCUUUGUUUUUCUUUCACAGAUUUUGAACACCUGGCUGCUCUGGAGAUGCCAAUUGCCCAAGAUGACCUUGUGCUAGAAGCAAACGCAAUGGAGCCACAGCAGGUAACUGAAACCCUCCCAUAAGCUCCCUGACUGUGCUUGCAUAUCAGAAGUGUCCCUACACUGAGUCAGGCAUUGCUCCAUCUUGGCCAGGAUCAUGCAGUCACAUUAGCAGUCAUUCUGCAAGAGAGAAGCAUCCCAGAUCCCAAAUGAUUGAAUCUGGGACCUUACCUGUGCAAGGUGUGUGUGAUGGAGCUAUGGGUCCUCCACCAACGCCAUAGGACGAAGAGUUUAUUUAUUAUUAAAAGUAUCCUCUGCCCUUCCUCCAAAAGGAACAUUUGGUACAAUUGCAUCCUGCAGCUCUGAUCCACCCCUCUUCCAUACACUGGUCAACCUUCCCAAUUUGUGCUAGAUCAAUGUCAUGAUCAGAAAACAUCCCAUAAUGAUACCAGUAGAACAAACAACUCCAGGUGGACCAAGCCAAUGAGGUGGCAUUUCCCCAUCCUCCUGAAAUGUAUGGAUCCAGAAGCUCCUUCCAAGUAGGAGCAGGCCGAGGUUGUCAUAACUUGUUUUAUAGUCAUACAUGUAUUCUAAGUCAAACCCUGGAGGGGUUCCCUGGAGGAAGAGCAAUCAGUCAGAGUCAGGUAGGCUGUUGACCAAUAUAUGGGAAAGCAAGGUUUGGAUUCAUAUACUGUGGCCAACGGGAUGCUGCCAGGUUGCUUUCUGUGCAGCCUAGACCCAAGCCAUAAAUAGAUGGAUGUGUGUGUUUUUCUUUUCAAAUGUGUAUCUUCAGGGCAGCAGAAGUGGUUCUUGCCAAGCACCUCUGAUCUCUUCAUUCCUUCUUGUUGCUCUCUUUGCAGAUGUUGCUGACAGCCCUGCAGACCCAGGGAAGGGAAGAGCGUUCCCCUCGAAGAUGUGUCCGCUUGCAGGAAUCUUGCCUUGGGCACAAGCUCCCCUGCUGUGAUCCAUGUGCCACCUGCUACUGCCGCUUCUUCAAUGCCAAUUGCUUUUGCAAGAAAUUUAGCAACACUUUCCCCUGUGGCAAGAACUAG